AUGUCCGGACAUCAUAUUACCAUCAAAGCUGUCAGGCAUCCCUCCGCGGAAGACUUGAUCUACAUGGCCAAUGCUGGCCCGCUGGGCUUCGGCCCAAAAUACAGCAUCUGGAUCCCCCAUGAUGCAAUCCACAGAGACGCGCUAAGGAAAGUGCCAGGAUAUGUGAUGAGCAUGGCUUCCUUGUUUGCUCUGGUUCUGUUUGGCGCUGCCCACUGCGUUGCAUUGAACUUUGAGUUCCCUACAGCCCUGGAGAGACUGUUCUGGCGUCUGAGCUCGGUUGUAACGGCUGUUGCUAUGCCAUUUGCCUAUUUUCUUGAUCAAAUAUUGGAUCCAAUUUGGUUGAAGGUGUUUAAGAUGGAAAACCAACCAAGGAUACUAGAAUUGAUUGAGAGAGCUUUGAUGGUCCUCAUCGUGGUCGUGUUUAUUCUGGCCAGACUGUUUAUAACAGUGGAGGUCAUUCGUUCAUUGGCCUUUUCUUCCUCCAGGUGCCUUUAUAAGUACCUGGACAGCGAACAUUCCACACGUUGGUUGAGUGUGGUAUCUGAAAUCUAUAUUGAUUGA